UCCCGAACAAAUGAGAAAGAGUUUUUUGGGGGAACAGUAGAAGAACAAGAUGGCUGUCCUGGGGCAAAGCAAGUACCUUUCUCGCUUCACAUAAACAGCAUUUAAUGCCGCUGUCAGUGUCAUGUAAAUAGCGCAAUGGGUAACGAUUUUGAGUAGGUUUUAUAUAAUUACUUUCAUCGUGUUAAAGGCAUCCUUUUCAGUACGACGGUCAUCGUUUUUAGAGACGCAAGUGAAGACGGUUUGAUGUUUUCCUCAAGAAAGUUUCCUAACGGGAUGGUGAGUGGAAGUUAAGGGGCAAACAGGGACGAACGAAGUACCCUUUAUGGUUUGAAUAUAUUUAGGUGACCGUAACAUACCCUGUAAAAUUCUGUAAGUAGUUGUUUUUUUUAGUUGUAUGACUAAAUUCCCCACUACUACUUCGAGUUUUCGAAGAGAAUAGCCGGAAUGAUUUAGCCUCUUUAAAUAGUCACAAGAGAUCUGCGCGAUUUUGUAUCACUUUUAACUUUUUCAGAUGCCCCGCACAAAGUAAAAAAAAAAGAAAAAAAAAGAAAUAGCAUAGCGGACCAUGAGUUCUUCUCGAGUUAGACCGCAGCAGCUACCGCCGAGCCAGACUGGCAGGUUGUCCCACAGACUCGACUCAGGAGAAGGGAUAGAGAUGGAGAACAUUCACCCUCAAGAUCUGGGUCUUGGAGGAGUCAUAGGCACCCCGUCCCCUCCGUCGAGACAAGCGUGGAGUCGCGACAAUCCGGGUUUCGAGCCUGAGGAUGAGAUCAUGGAAGCUGACUGGCCUCCGGCGAGUCCCGGGAGGAGGUCUGUGUCCACGGCCUCCAGCAGCAGCUGCAGCAGCGGCCUGGGAAGCUACACCGGCGGGGGCAGCGGCAACCACAUCACCAGAGGAGGACUGUACCCGACCCCAAGUGUGGAUGCCCAGCAGCAGGACAGGCAUGAGCACCCCGGCUGUAUGAAGCAGAUACUCCAAAAGAUCAGAGUUCUGUGGGGCACAGAGCUGAUGGAAGACAGUGACAGCAGCAGAGAAAGAUACCUAAGGAACGUCCUGAGGGAGAUGCUCACCUAUAUUGCAUUUCUCAUCACUCUUUGUAUCCUGACCUAUGGGAUGGUGAGUGCCAACAUGUACUACUACACAAAAGUCAUGUCUCAGCUUUUCCUGGACACCCCGCUGUCUGCUGGGGACCCUUCCACUUUUAGAAGCCUCUCAACCAUGGAGGAUUUCUGGAAGUUCACAGAGGGUCCUUUCCUAAACGGCAUGUACUGGGAGGUGUGGUACAACAACAAGAGCCUGCCAGAGAACCAGAGCCUCAUCUACUACGAGAACCUGCUGCUCGGUGUGCCGCGGCUCAGGCAGGUCAAAGUUCGCAAUGAGUCCUGCUCUGUUCACGAAGACCUGAGAGACAAGAUUCAGGACUGCUACAACUUGUACACCCCAUCCAAUGAGGACACCUCGUCGUUUGGACCCAAGAGUGGGACUGCUUGGGUGUAUACGACAGAAAGUGAGAUGAAUGGGAGCAGUUAUCGGGGUCAGGUGUCUAAAUACGGAGGCGGAGGAUACUACCAGGAUCUGUCUCGUACCAGAGAGGAGUCAGCCACACAACUGCAGUUUCUCAAAGACCACCUGUGGCUGGACAGAGGCACCAGAGCGGUCUUUUUUGACUUCUCCGUCUUCAAUGGGAACAUCAACCUUUUCUGCAUCGCCAGGUUGUUGGUGGAGUUCCCUGCUACUGGUGGGGUGCUGACCUCCUGGGAGUUCCAAACAGUCCGAUUGAUACGAUUCGUGUCGAGCUGGGACUACUUUUUGGCUGUGUGUGAGGUGGCAUUCUGCAUAUUCAUCCUCUACUAUGUGGUGGAGGAGGUUCUGGAGAUCCGCAUCCACCGCCUGCAUUACUUCAAGAGCCUGUGGAACUGUCUGGACGUUCUCAUUGUUGUGUUAAGCGUUGUCGCUAUUAUCAUGAACAAAACCAGAACCGCCAUGGUUGGAAACCUUCUCAAAGGCCUGUUGGAGAACCACACUGCUCACCCCAUCUUCGAGCCUUUGGCAAAUCUGCAAUUUCAGUUCAACAACGUGGCUGCAGUUAUCGUCUUUUUCUCCUGGGUCAAGCUUUUUAAGUUCAUCAACUUCAAUAAGACCAUGAGUCAGCUCUCCAGCACUAUGUCUCGGUGUGCCAAAGACCUUGUGGGCUUUGCCAUCAUGUUCUUCAUCAUCUUUCUGGCGUACGCUCAGCUGGCCUACUUGGUGUUCGGAACUCAAGUUGAUGAUUUCAGCACUUUCCAAGCUAGCAUUUUCACACAGUUCCGCAUCAUCCUGGGAGACUUUGAGUUCUCAGAGAUAGAGGAGGCCAAUCCAGUGCUUGGACCGAUCUACUUCACAUCCUUUGUCUUCUUCAUUUUCUUUAUUCUCAUGAACAUGUUCCUGGCCAUCAUCAAUGACACGUACUCAGAGGUGAAGGCUGACAUGUCCCAGCAAAGGUCUGAAAUGGAAAUGACUGACCUCAUCAAAAAGGGUUGUAACAAAGCCUUGAUGAAAUUAAAACUGAAGAAGACGGCAGUAGAUGACAUCUCUGAGAGUUUGCGUCAUGCAGGUGGAAAACUGAACUUCGAUGAGCUCCGCCAAGAUCUUAAAGGAAAGGGCCACACAGACGCAGAGAUUCAGGCCAUCUUUGCAAAGUACGAUCAGGAUGGCGAUCAGGAGCUGACAGAGCACGAACACCAGCAGAUGAGAGACGACCUGGAGAAAGAGAGAGACUUGGAGCUGGAACGCAAUUCGCUGACUCGACCUAGCAGUGGGCGGAGCUUCCCCCGUACCCAGGACGACUCUGAGGAGGACGACGAUGAGGACAGUGGCCACAGCUCUCGUCGACGUGGCAGCAGCUCAGGAGGCGUCUCCUAUGAGGAGUUUCAAGUGCUGGUGAGGCGUGUGGACAGGAUGGAGCACUCUAUUGGCAGCAUCGUGUCAAAGAUAGAUGCUGUGAUCGUGAAGCUGGAAUCCAUGGAGAGAGCUAAACUCAAGAGGAGAGAUGUGCUGGGCCGGCUGCUGGAUGGAGUCAUGGAGGAUGAGCGCCUGGGACGGGACACAGAUGCUCACAGGGAACAGAUGGACAUUCUGGUGAGGGAGGAGCUGGAGCGCCUGGAGUCUGAUGACAUGGUGUCGCAAGUUAGCCAUCCUCAAACUGCCACCCCUGUCGGCCCCAGGCCCCGUCCGUCGUCCUCCUUGUCUGCCGACGGCCUCGAUACUGGCACUAGCGGGAGCGGCCAUGUGUGAAGACAGUGGCUCGCUGAAGAAUUUUUCUAAUCUGGCAAGACACUCUCUGAUCAUUUCCUGGUUACUGUAACAAGUAACUGAAGACGAGGGAUCACCUUUUGCAGAACAAAAAUCACAUGAAGGUGUUUGAAUUUCUUGAACAUUACAAAGGAGGUACUUCACCAUAAAUACUUUAAAUGCACUGAGAGGGAGUGAGGUUCCUCAGAGGUACAUGAAUUCACUAAACUGUCACUUAUCAAGAGUUUGAAGAAUUAUGAAGGAGUUAAUGUACAGUGUUACAUCACAGCAGUAGACACAGGAUUGUAUAUAAGACACCAGCCUUUAAGAAUACGCAGUUGUACUCAAAUAUACAGCUUGUGGUUACAGGACAUUUGCUCACUUGCUUUUGAUUUGAUCUUUUCAUCUCUUAGCAUUUACACAAAUACCAUAAAGGGCCUUUUCUCUGCUCUAUUCUGAUAGUAUUGCUGAUUAUUCUUCAUGUUUUUAAUACACAGUAGGUACAAGUGUGGCACCUUGUGUCAUAUUUACUCAUCCUUGGUACACUGAUGAAGCUUUGAAUAACUAGCUUAUUAUCAAUUUAUGAUACAUAUUGUAACUUAAAACAAACUUCAGUUUGGAGUGCAUCUAGUGUUCAUGGGAAACCCAUGCAUUUAUUAUUUGUCCCUGUGCCUUAAUGUUGUUUUUUACACAAUCUUUUUUUUUUUAAUGCCAAAUAAAGAUUUAUUCAAAAAUUA